AAGGGCAGGAAUAUUUCGCGCCAAAUUGAAACAACGGAGUAGUUCAGUCUGUGAGAGCGGUGUGAAGAGGUGCUGUGACUCAAACCACCAAGCUACACUUUUAACUUUUCAGUCUUCCUUUUUCGCUCAAGUUCAAGUUUGCUAACAUGGAGGAGGCCAAUAAGCUGAUUGGAUCCGGUAAGAAGCACCUGGUAAUGGGGAAGGUGGUGGAGGCGGUGAGCUCCCUGCAGGAGGCCUGCGGCAUGCUAGCUAAAAAGUAUGGCGACACAGCGGACGAGUGUGGAGAGGCUUUUUACUGGUGUGGUAAAGCUCUGCUGGAUUUGGCACGGAUGGAGAACUCAGUCCUGGGUAAUGCUCUGGAAGGAGUACCAGAGGGGGAGGAGGAGGAGGAAGAAAAACCAAAAGACUCCAAUGUUGACGGCACAGAAAACGUUGAUGAGAAGACCCGGGAUGAGCUGAGGGUGCAGGUUUACGACGCCAUGGCCGAGAAGAAAGAGGAGGAGGAGAAGGAGAAGAAAAACGGAGAUGCUAAGAAAGAGGAUGAGAAGCAGAGCGGCGCUAAAGAGGAGAAUGGUGACGUAAAAGCAGAGGCUGGUGAUAAACAACAGAAGGAAGCAAAGAAAGAGGGAAAGGAGGAAAAGAAGAGCGAGGCUGAUAAGAAGGAUUCAGCAAAAAGUGAAGAAAAGAAAGAAAACAAGAAGGCAGAGAAAGAAUCUGAAGAUAAUAAAGAAGAUGAGGCUGCAGAUGAGGAGGAAGAGGAAGAAGGCGAGGAGGCAGAAAUGGAGAGCGACACAGAAGAGCAGGAGGAAGGAGACGGUGCUGCUGAGAAGGAGAGCGAUGAAGAGGAGGAGGUGGGGAACCUGCAGCUCGCCUGGGAGAUGCUGGAAGUAGCUAAAGUCAUCUACAAAAGGAAGGAGACCAAAGAGGACCAGCUCAUGGCCGCACAGACUCACUUAAAACUGGGAGAAGUUUCUGCUGAAUCAGGAAACUACACACAGGCGUUGGAGGAUUUCCAGACGUGUCUGAAGCUGCAGGUGAAGCACCUGGAUGCUGACAGCCGCCUCCUGGCUGAGACUCACUACCAGUUGGGUGUGACCUACAGCCUGAACUGGCAGUACGACCAGGCCAUCGAGGCGCUCAACAGCUCCAUCAGUGUCAUAAAGAGCCGACUGGAAAAACUUCAGGAGCUGCUGGGUAAGGCGGAGGGUCCGGAGGCUCUGCCAGAUGAGAGGAAGGAGAUGGAGGAGCUGAAGGCUCUGCUGCCAGAGAUCCAGGAGAAGGUGGAGGACGCCACAGAGGCUAGGAAAACCACGAGUACAGCUGCUGAGGCUGUGAAGGGAGCACUUGACGGAGGCUCCUCUUCCUCUGCUUUCCCCGGAUCCACCGUGAAGAACGGAGACUCCUCCACCAGUUCAAAGAUUAAUGGCACACCAUCCAAUGGAGUCAGCUCCACCAACGGACACGCCUCCUCCACUGCUGCUGUCUCUGACAUCUCCCACCUGGUCAGGAAGAAGAGGAAACCAGAGGAGAGUCCAGUGAAGGAGGGCGUGGGGAAGAAGGUGAAGCAGGAAGCUGAUCAGACUAACGGAAAACAAGAGUCCAAAACCAACGGAGACACCAACGGACACGGCAAAGAGGUUAAGAGUCAGUGAGGCUGGACUCCAUCCAGGUUUUUCGUCCCCGCCUGAGAAAAGGUGUCCGUCCAUAUCAUGAAGCUCUUACUGUUGCUACACCUGUUUGUUGUUGUAAAUGUGUAAAUCUUUUUCUAUACCUGUUGAUCUGAUUGUGUGUUAACAUGUUUAAGCUAUGAAGUUAAAUAAAGAUUGUUAUUUGAUAAAACUGUCA